AGCAAACAAAACCUACGAGCUGUAAAUUAGUGAAAAACUACGGUGAAAGAUGGUUAUUACACCUAAAGCGGUAUAAAAUGCCUGUUCCAAGUGAACUUCAUCAGGCUUGCAUCAUGGAAGCUGAUGACAGGCAUCGCCUGGCGGCUUAUCGCUUUGUCGCCUAUUCGGCCGUUGUCUUCUCCGUAGUUGCGGUACUUUCAAUCUGCAUCACGCUUCCUAUGGUCUACAAUUACAUUCAUCAUGUGAAGAGAACCGUAAAUACAGAAAUUAACUACUGUAAGGGCUCCGCCAAGACCAUUUGGGGCGAAGUGAAUCAUAUCAACCACGUCCCCGCCUCCAACCGAACAACCAGACAAGUCGGAGGAGAAUGCGAAGGCUGCUGCAUUCCAGGUCCUCCUGGACCACCAGGACCCCCUGGAAAACCUGGCAGACCUGGUAGGCCAGGUGCGCCAGGUAUGCCAGGAGCACCAGGAAGACCUCCAGCAAAACCAUGCGAACCUAUCGUACCUCCGCCUUGCCCACCGUGCCCACCUGGAGAACCAGGUCCACCAGGACCGCAGGGACCACAAGGUCCACCAGGACCACCAGGACCAGCAGGAACUGGUGCCGGCGCUGGACCACCGGGUCCUCCUGGUCCAAAAGGUCCACAAGGCCCUCCUGGAAAAGCUGGACCGCCUGGACCUCCAGGACCACCGGGAGAAUCCGCAUCAGGAGACAUUGUUCCUGGACCCCCAGGCCCACCAGGACCUCCUGGUCCUCAAGGACCGCCCGGACCCGAUGGCGCUCCUGCACCUGGUGCUGGAAUGGGACCGCCCGGACCCAAAGGACCUCCAGGACCGCAAGGACCACCUGGGCCAGAGGGGAACCAAGGACCACCAGGUCCACCUGGACCUUCUGGAGCAGGUGGAGAGAAGGGAAUCUGCCCCAAAUACUGCGCCCUCGAUGGUGGAGUCUUCUUCGAAGACGGAACAAUGCGACGUCGUUGAAGAGAUUACGACACUCAGUAGUUUUAGUCUACAUUUGCACAUGGUUGAGAUUCUCAUCUCCAAUAAAGACGU